AUGGAUAUUGCAUCACAAUAUUCAGAUAUUCUCAGAACACUUAAGAAAGACAAAUAUAAUGAUACACGAGAUAAAUUACAUAAAUUAUUACUUGAACGAAAAAUUCCAUAUUUAUUAUCACCGGAUAAAACGGAUGAAAUGGAAAUAAUAAAACCAAUUGGUGAAGGUGCUUUUGGUAUAGUUCAAUUAGUACGUUAUCGAAAUCGAAUUUAUGCACAUAAACGUCCACGUUCAAAUCUUUCUAAGUCACGAAAUAGUCUACUCGAUGAAGCAAUUAAAUUAACUGAUAUUGUAGAAACUCAUCCAAAUAUUCAACGAUUAUAUUUUAUUAAUCUUAAAACAUUUGGUUUUUUAAUGGAUUAUUGUUGUGGUGGUUCACUUGAGACAUAUAUCGUAGAUAGUAAUUCAACAUAUACAUUAACUGAUGCCCUCAAUUGGAGUUAUCAAUUAGCUGAUGCAUUAAGUUUUUUACAUUCAAAACAAAUUAUGCAUCGAGAUGUUAAAAUGCAAAAUAUUCUUUUGAAAGAUAAUUAUCAAACACUUGUUCUGACUGAUUAUGGUACUGCAACACAACUAGGAAGAAGUUUAUUGACAAAUCAAGUUGGAACACCAAUUAUUAUGGCACCUGAAGUUUGUACUAGUACAAAAUAUACCGAAAAAUGUGAUAUAUAUUCAUGGGCUAUUGUAUUUAAUCAAUUAUUAGCAAAACAAUAUGAUCCUUAUGGAGAACCAAACUUAAAUCCUUUUGGUAUGAUAUUUAAAGUUAGAAAUUAA